AUGCCCUAUAGGUGUGAGUGCCCAUUCCACAAGAGGGAUGGCCUCCUCCUGGGCGUGGUCCAGCUGAAUUUCUAUUGGCGCUGUGGGCUGGAGUUCCUGCUGGUACUCUGUGGGCUGGAGCUCUCCUGGUCCUGCCCACGUCACUGCAUUUGCUACAUGGCCCCCAGCACCGUCAGCUGCCAAGCCCACAACUUCCUGUCCGUCCCGGAAGGCAUUCCUCCGCACAGUGAGCGCAUCUUCCUCCAAAACAACAAGAUCCAUCGACUACUGCGGGGCCACUUUAGCCCUACUACAGUCACUCUUUGGAUUUACUCCAACAAUAUCACAUAUGUUGAACCAACUACUUUCCAAGGGUUCACCUUGCUGGAGGAAUUGGACCUGGGAGACAAUCGCCACCUACGUUCACUGUCUGCAGAAACCUUUCACGGGCUGGGCCGGCUCCAUGCCCUCCAUCUAUACCGCUGUGGCCUCAGUGCACUGCCGAAUAACAUCUUCCAGGGUCUCCGCAACCUCCAGUAUCUGUACUUGCAGGACAACCAUUUGGAGUAUCUGCAGGAUGAUAUUUUUGUGGACUUGCACAACUUGAGCCACCUGUUUCUUCAUGGGAACCGUCUGUGGAGCCUGCACCAAAAUACAUUUAGAGGACUGGGUGCUUUGGACCGGCUGCUACUUCACCACAACCAACUUCAGUGGGUGGACCGCCUGGCAUUCCACGACCUGCGGCGGCUCACUACCCUCUAUUUGUUCAACAACUCCUUGACAGAGUUAGCUGGAGAGUGUCUGUCCCAGCUGCCUGCACUGGAGUACCUUCGCCUCAACGACAACCCUUGGGAGUGUGACUGUAAGGCUUUAUCACUGUGGGACUGGCUCAAAAAGUUUCGGGGGUCCACGUCGUCAGUGGGUUGCGUGGCACCAGCAGAGCUGGCAGGCAAAGAUCUGAAGCAGCUGAAGAAAGAGGACUUCCCAAAUUGUUCCGGAUCGGAGUCCCUGCACCAAAGUAAGACCAAGACUUGGGCAGGAACGGAUAAAGUCUCACUGAAGCAGGAGCCCCAUCCUGCCCAGCCUCCACAAACACACCACCCCCAACUGAAUGAACAAUACCCUUCCCCUCCCUCUCCCCUGCCCCAGCCACCCCCUGCCAUAAAUGGUGUACAUGCAGGACCGGGAGGGUCUCCGGGCAUAGUCCCUGCUCAGAGGCCUGGCCGUUCUCGGAACUGCACACGCCAACGUGUAAGGGGCAGCAAGGGAAAGGGACCUAACGAGGUCCACACCUUAAAGGAGAUGGCGGAUAAGGAGUACUCCUCUCCCGAUUUCACCGGGAAAUAUGAUGAAACAUCUUCUGAUGGUUCAAACACCCGCAGAAAGCACAAAUGUACCCCCCGGACCUCUGUGCGUCCCCCUAGUGGGGUCCAGCAAGCCACCAACUGGGGACACUCUCAUCAUACACAUUUCUUUCUCUCUAAUAUUCUGGGACUGCUUGUGAUCAUUCUGCGCUGAACUCUGAUGCUGGAGCAUCGUGGCAUCACGGAUACGCCACAGUCCCCAGAUCAGCUCUAGCUCCAGCAUUACCAGGCCUACUAAUGUGUGUAUGUUUGUGUGUGUAUGUGUGAGUGAUAAUGUGUACUACAUUGUAUAAGGAGCUUUGCCAUUUAGACUGAAAUAGAUGAAAACUGAACAACGGAUGUCAUCAAAUAAACUCAAAAUUUGGGUUGGGGAACAAGAAGAAUAGUGAAGCAAACUGAACAUGCUUGCACUGCCACUGUUGUUGUUCUUUUUUUUGUCCUUUAUUGGUCUGGUCUAUCCCCCUCUAAAUGGAAAACCAUUUCAAUGAAAGAAAGCACAGAUAACCAAAUAAAUGUGUAGAAAGAAUGCGUAAUAUGAGGCACAAGUUAGCAACAUAAAUGGAGAUUGUGUUUAGAAAGCAUGUCCUACUGCUACAUGUUUCUUCAACAUAUAGAAACAAACAUAUAGGAGACCAUCAAAUGCUCCUAAUUGUAUAAGUACAUUGUCCUGUGUUAAAUAUAUUACAUUAUUGCCAAAUAGAUGCACAAAUAUAUCAGUGUAAGUUCUCCUAUGUUCAGGAGUUUCAACCAUUGGUAGGACUUGCUUUCUUCUCCGAUGGAAUAUUAUACACAGAAUGAUGUGAAACUAAAAGUGUUGUAUGAAAUGAAAAAGUGUUAUAAACAGUCCUCCUAAACUGAAUAGCCAGUACAUAAGCACAUACAUUCUCCUUACCUCAGAAAAGUUAAGGCCUAAAUAAGACAUUAUUUUCACUUUAGAUGGGUUUUUUUUGCCCUUUCAAUAACUUCCUACAUUUAUUUUUCAUAUUUUCUUUUCUU